CGGAGAGGCUGGCCGCUCAGUCGGCAGCGACCAAAACAGGGUGGACGGGGAGCGCAGCUGCAUGGGCGACGAGGAAAAGGACCAAAUCAGAAUGUUUUCUUUUUCCUGCCUUAUUAGGUUUUCCCUACCAUGUAGAUAGAUGGCGCGCCUCAACCACAUGCUUAUAUGUACAUUCGAUCUCGUGAAUCUGCGAAACGUGUACACUGCGAGUAUGAUUCAUCAGCUUUCCGCACUGUACCUAUCAAACGCGACAGAAGAAUAAAGGGGACGAAAGCCCGGUAUGUAGCGCCUUGAUGUGAGCAGAAAGGUGAAGUGAUUACGCGCAACCUGAGCAACAUCUACUAUCCCUUGUCAACACUUUGUCGGCCCUUUCGGCUUCGUUACCUUUCCACUAUCCUCCUCUUUGGAUACUUCACAGACUUCACGAGAUGGAUGAAGAAAUCGUGAAACUCCAUUCUCUUGAUAAACACACAUGUGUUUCUCCCGCCCUCGAUUCCCUCGUUCGCCUUUCUUACGAGCAGCAGAGGCGUCUAUGUGCAGUCUACAGAAGCCCACCGCGCUGCCUGGAACGAAUUGCUGACGAGAAUGUGGAACUGCAGGAUUUGAGCUCGUUUCGUUGGUCAAGUCGAUUUGCAGCGGAAUGAGUGAAUAGCGGAUCCAAUUACUGACGUUCGCCCACCGGGACACAGCUUGGCCCAGCACGUUCGGAUGGAUCGCUUCCACCACAGACGUCUCGUUUCCAAUUAUGAACGACGCACCAUUGUGUUUUCUUUGCAUCAUCACAUUCAGAGUCUGGAAAGACAAAAGCGACAGCCUAAAUGUAUCCAGAGUUGCCGAAAGUGGCUGCACCCCCUUCGUACCGUCAAAGCGUGGCCACCAGGGUAGUUGUAGAUGGAAGCUAUCAGACGAAUCUGAUGAGAAACAGCACAUUAUGUCACGCCAGAGGGCCGAUAUCCAGGCAGCCUACGUUGCUCAGAAUGGCCGUGCUGCCCAUGACGAACAAGGUGAGGAUCCAAAACAGCAAUCUUGAGGAUCAAUGCAAGGAACAUGGGAAAUUUAGCGAUAAGCCAUUUCUGCUGACCUCAGCCCCCCUCGCUUGACUUCAUCGCCAUCGCGUGCUUUUGGGCGCCCAUUGGAGAAUCGCUCGAGAAACUGGCUGAGUCCAAUUGCCAGAAAAGCUGUGAGGGCCAAGAGGCUUGGGAAGAUGAAGCGCACCUCCUUGUGGCCUCGAAUACGUGUUCACACAGGAGAGACGUUUUGACGAUCACAUCCUCCUCCCCUCGACACCGGGCAGCUCACCGAGUUUUGACAGCGCGUAGACCGGGGCAAGCCACACUCCGAAGCACUCCCAGGUCAAACGACGCCGAUCGGGGGAGAAAAUGCACAUCAUCGGGAGAAAAAUCAGCAAAGGGCCCAUCGACUUUGGCACAGCGCUUGUGAAGUACCUGUAUCCACCGAUUUAACUAGCUUUUCAUUGUUCGACGGCCCUACUCUUGCUUACCAGUGCCAGGAUGCCACACCCCAUAAGCGGCUCUUGUCCUGCACUGCGUUGAAGAAGAAAACCAUCCCCUCAGGCCACACAAACCCCCAGUCAGCAGCAUCUAAUGCUGUGAGUGAGGAUCCAAACCAUGACAAAGGCUUUUGCAACAAUGCACCGAGACGACGGGCAGGGAUGGCACGCAGGACGUCCCAAGCUGUCAUGGUGAAUGGCGUGUUGAACCAGAAGAACGAGUCGACGGCGAUAGAUAACGCAACUCCCCCCAAACCACUCAUCAGACAUGACAGAAGAAUCUCCAUGAGAUUCAGGCGGUUCGAAACAAGCCACAAAUCGAGAGAUGCGGCUACCGCCACGAGAAUCAGCUCAGAUCGAAAGACAACUGCCGCGAAGGUAAGUAAACACAGGACUCCUUGCGAAAGUUGACGACUUCGUACGUCCGUCGAGUCAUCCUGACCAG